CAACCGAAGUAGUAACAAUUGGAUCUUUUUCUUUUGUCUGUUUUAAAUUGUAAGACGAUUGAAAAAGUUAAUUACCACCAACCAAAACACGGCUGUCGGCUGUAGCUCCGGUUUUAUGUCUUAUAAAACACGAGAUUGUCACUGUCUUCCCCCACGUGAACAUCCGAUAACAUGAUAAAAAUAUCUUCCCAUUGUUUCGACGUUACAGCCGCUUAAAGUCCAAAAUAAACAUUUACUCAACCCCGCAUGCUUUUUGCCAAUGGUCUAUCUGUUUCUCUCUCCUGUUUUCUUUAAUUCCUUUGUCGUUUUUACACAACCCUUCCAAUAAUAGGGGGGGUCAUCCCAACAUCACUUUGCCCUUUUCUUCAACCUGAGUAAUGAAGGACAUGGCGAGUCCACUGCUGUUUUUGGCUGCCUUCUUGUUACUUCUCACCACUGUUCCCCCAAAGGUGAUUGCUGAGGGCCAACUUUCGGAGGUCAAGCUUAACUCUCGAAUCCUUCGGGAUUCAAUUGUAAAACAAGUAAAUGAAAACCCUAAGGCUGGAUGGGAAGCUGCCCUGAAUCCUCGAUUUUCUAAUUACACAGUUGGCGAGUUUAAGCACCUUCUUGGAGUCAAACCAACUCCCAAGAAGGAACUUCUGGGUAUCCCUGUUAUAACUCAUGACAAAUCCUUAAAGAUACCGACUAACUUUGAUGCUAGAACAGCUUGGCCACAAUGUAGCACAAUUGGAAGAAUUCUUGAUCAGGGUCACUGUGGUUCUUGCUGGGCUUUUGGUGCUGUUGAAUCACUAUCUGAUCGGUUCUGUAUCCAUUUUGGCAUGAAUAUAUCUCUUUCUGUUAAUGAUCUUCUUGCAUGUUGUGGCUUUUUAUGUGGAAGUGGCUGUGAUGGGGGUUAUCCAAUCUCUGCAUGGCGAUACUUUGUGCGUGAUGGUGUUGUUACUGAGGAGUGUGAUCCAUACUUUGAUGAUACUGGUUGUUCUCACCCUGGUUGUGAGCCUGCAUAUCCUACUCCCAGAUGUGUGAAAAAGUGUGUUAAUGGAAACCAGGUCUGGAGGCAGUCCAAGCACUUUAGUGUUGGUGCAUAUAGAAUCAACUCAGAUUCAGCUGAUAUCAUGGCAGAAGUUUAUAAGAAUGGACCUGUUGAGGUCUCCUUCACUGUUUAUGAGGAUUUUGCUCACUAUAAGUCAGGAGUUUACAAACACGUGACUGGCAGUGUUUUGGGAGGUCAUGCAGUUAAGCUUAUUGGAUGGGGAACCUCUGAUGAUGGGGAGGACUACUGGCUUCUUGCAAACCAAUGGAAUAGAGGCUGGGGUGAUGAUGGUUACUUCAAGAUUAGAAGAGGCACAGAUGAGUGCGGUAUUGAAUCUGCCGUGGUAGCUGGUUUGCCUUCCACCAAAAAUCUUGUUAUAGAGGUUGCUGGUAUGGACGCUCUCCAAGAUGCUUCAUUUUGAGAGUAAUUCAUUUAGACAGGGCCUACUCAUUAAUCUAUCAGUGCACGAGCUGCCUACUACCAUGUUUGAUUUUCAAAUGUUAUGCUUCACCCUGCAAGAACUUCAUCCUCUAUACAUACGUUUUCUGCUUCAUCUUUUAUAGAUAAUGUACCCACAUGAAUUCUGAUCAACAGCCACUGUCAUUUGGCCUGAUAGUUAUAAUCAGAAAUGGCUUGUUACAGCAGGAUAUGAUUAUUUUUUUUUUUCAUUUCCAGUUUGAGAGGAUUUUUAACCCUGUUGUUCUCUUUGCCGACCCCCUCAGGUUGUGUGACUGGGUCCUUGGGAACUUGCUAUUUGAAACCACGGAUUCCUUCUUAAGAAAAAAAAAAAAAUUUACAAUCAAA